UUCCACUUUGUUGUCCGAAUAUACUAGCCCAAAUACAAAAUAAAUAGACUUUAAGUUCAUAGUACUUUGAUUUUUCCCUUACGCUUCUUUGACGAAUGAAGAAUACAUUUCGGGAAUUUAAUUGUAUAGUCAGCAGCUACUCUUGCUUAAUAGUUUAAGCCGCAUUAUUUCAUAAUAUGAACGUAAUAAUUAUCUAAUAACUUUCUGGUUUUCAAGAAAGUGGUAAAAGAUCACUCCUUAAAAAGUUAAUAAAUAUAUAUACAUAUUACCAAUGGCGCCUUUUCUUAGAAUGUUUCAAUAAAUAUGUUAAAUUUCCUUAUCUCGCAGAAUUGAUACCCUGAGAACGAAUUCGGAGAAAUACCCUAUAAUAAAUAAGUGAUAAGAAAGCGGUGCAGUACGCUUGCAAACCGCAUAUAAAGCGGAGUGAUUGAGACUGCAACUUAUGAGUUACAAUCGAACACUACACAGCGCUACAUCAAUAUUGAAGAUGAAUUCUGCACUGCAAAUUAGCUGCCUUCUCCUCGUUCUUGGCUGCCUUUUGGGCUCAGGACACGCUCAAAGUGAUGCCGAGUUCGCGGCCAAGUCCCGAGAAAUAAGCCAGAUUUUCGGCAAUCCCUCCGUCGAUAAAUACACGAAGGUCCGCAAUUUGCCCGCGCUGGUUGCCUUUUACGAGAAAUACUCCAGCCGCCUACGACUGACAGCUCAGGAGAAGAAGGGUAUCGAUAAUGCUAUAAGGCAGUAUCGGGCACAACAAAACCAGAAAGUUGACGGAGUAUCUGCACAGGGAGGACCGCUGUUUUACAUCUUAAAGAACAUUGUUAAAGUCAUUAUAAAGGCCGCUGGAAAAGAUCACGAGGAUAAGCUGGAAAUUUAAAAUUCGUUCAUCAAUUGCCAAGAUGUUUUAAUUGUAAACCUAUCUGCUUGAGUAAUAGUCUACCUUUCAACAAAUGAAUAGAAACACAUUUGUUGGACCGUUCUUAAUAAAAUUGGUUAAACAAAAAACUUUUAUAAAAAUGAA